AUGGCGGAGCGGCAAGCUGGCCCAGGCGUAGCGCCGUCGACACGGCCACAAUGGGCGACCGGCCCCCCCGGCAGGACCAGCCUCGUCCGCCGGCUUCAGGAGCAGGCACCCAACUCCACGCAAGUCAUCGGCUUCCUCACCUUCGUCGUCUCCGGCGCCAUUCUCCUGCUGCUCACCGGCCUCACCCUCACCGGCGCUGUGAUGGCCCUCAUCUUCUUCGGGCCCAUCAUCCUCCUGUCGAGCCCGAUAUGGGUACCGGCCGUCUUCGUAAUGUUCGUGGCCACCGUGGUGGUCCUCUCCGCGUGCGGCUUGGGCGUGGCGGUCCUGGCGGGCACCUCGUGGCUGUACAGGUACUUCAUGGGGCGCCACCCGAUGGGGUCGGACCGGGUAGACUACGCCCGCAGCAGGAUCGCCGACACCGCCACCCACGUCAAGGACUACGCCAGAGAGUACAGCGGGUACCUGAAGAGCCGGGUCAAAGAUGCGGCGCCGGGAGCUUAAUCGACGGCAUUCGAAUGAUAGUGUUACGCCAUGUUGCUUUGAUGUUCGUGUUAUGCCAGGUUCUGUUACUGCAGCGUUUCUUCUUUUGAUUCCUCAUCCACCGGGGAAGAAACAUUUGGAGAACGGAGAAUAAGCAGUCCGCCUUAGGAGAGUCUUAACCCAGCAAAACAUCUGCAGCUGGUAAACCUGCACAUUUUACUUCUACAUGAAAAUGUGACUACAUCUGAAAGAAUUAAGCGUGCACUUCUACA